CGAAAAAUAAUCACACUUCUCCCGACAAUUGAAAACCCCCCCGCGACACUCAACGACAGCCCCUCUCACGAUAGAGAGGUCGGUGCCAGUGGAGCUUGCAGGCAAGCCAUGGAGCCACAGAAUUUGGAGGCAGCAUCCACCUACAUCAACAAUGUCUUGCUGGCCAGGGGGCUGCUGAAAAGCGGCCGCCCCAUUGAAUUCGCCAACCCCGAGGAUGAAGACGGCGGUUCGGCGGCCACAAUGGGGCGCAUCAUCAACUUGGUCAAUGAUCUGGUGCUGCGCAGAGAUCGUGAAGCCGAACACCGAGAAAACCUCGCGACCACGAUUCGGACCCUACGUGUAGAAGAAUCACAGAAGACAGCUGAGCUGGAGAAAGUGAAAACAAAGGCAUCCGAAUUGACUCGCUCGCUGGCUCUCGCCGAGGCGCAAGAACGAGCCUUGAAAUCGAACGUUUCCAGCGCCGACGCGACCAUCCGAGGAUUGAAAGAGCAAGUGCAGCGCAUGAAAACCACCAUGCAACAAGUCCGAGCCCAAUGCGCCAACGACAUCCGCAAGCGCGACCUGGAAAUGCAGAAGCUGAAAUCGCACCUGGCGGAACGCCAGCGCGGAAGGCGGGAGGGCUUGGCCAUGACCACUAUCAAUAUCAAUCCAGCAGCCACCCAAUCAUCCCGAUCAAGGCUCGCGGCGGGUGGAGAGGGAAUCAACGACCCAGGAUACAGCUUGAAACAAGAGACAAACGACUUCCUCACCGAACUUUGUCAGACCCUUAGCGAUGAGAACGACACUCUGAUCUCACUGGCGCGAAACACCGUCGAAACCUUGAAAGACCUCCAGGGAUUGUCGCAGGCUGAAGAGGACGAUAAGUACUCGACAGGGGCGGCAAGCGUCGGGCCCAGCCGAUCCGUACAAGGCUCGGUUACAGCACUCCCAACCUCCUGCGACGAGCUAUCUACUCAGAUGGACCAUGUACUCGAGCACCUUCGGACCUUACUCACUAAUCCGUCAUUCGUACCGCUAGAGGAGGUGGAGAUGCGGGACGAGGAAAUUAAGCGACUGCGCGAAGGGUGGGAAAAGAUGGAAGGCCGAUGGAGCCAAGCCGUCACCAUGAUGGACGGGUGGCAUAAACGUAUAGCCGAUGGAGGCCACUCGGUCCAGGCAGAAGAGCUCCGAAGAGGGAUGGAUCUAGACCUACAUUUGGAUAUUGCUACGGCCCUAUCCAAGGACGGAGAGCGGGAACCCACUAUCCAGUCGCCCAUUUUCGAGGACCAGCAAGCCGAAGAGGAAGAGGAAAAAGCGGCCGCAAAGAUCACCACCGAAGAUACCCGCCGGUCUCCAAGUCCCAAAAAGGCGCCACGGUCAACCAGGGAAACCAGAAGCAAGAGACUCAGCCAGGCUCUGAAAGAGCGCAGUGACAAUAUCAUGACUGGGCGCUCGCCUCGGAAGGUCUCAUUCACUACGGGCUUACAAGACUCGCCGUGUGUCUCUAGCGGCACCGACGAGACACUACAGGUAAAAGCACACCAGUCGGAAGCAGUGACACGUAGGUCAUCCAGGAGAAAGCCCGAGUCCAAGUUUCUCUCCCGGCCAGGGGGCAGUGGUCGAAGCCCCCAGCCGAAAGAGUCUCGCCUGGCCACUGCUGCGCCGGUAUCAACUAGCCAGGCUCGCUUAAGCGUUCCGCAGAAGCUGGCCGCUGUCGAGAGUGAGGCCCGGGCUGCGGAACAAGCUCGCAAGGAAAGCGAAAGCAGGAAACGUGGGCGGGCUCUCAAGGGAUCCAGCAAAGGGCACCGUGACCGCCGCCGCAGUACACUGACCAGCGACGAGCUGGGAGAGCUGAUGGGAAUGCCCGCCAAGUGAUGUUUUGUUCCAUGAUGAUAGAUGUUCCUGGGAGACAAGCUUCUUCGAUACCCCCCCUCGUUCAAUGUCUGAGUAUAUACCAUGCCUGUUUUACUUGCAUUCCUACCUUGGAGAUGACACAAUCAUGACUUGCCUCUUUUUCCUUUCUUUUUCUCUCUCCCUCUCUCCUUUUCUCUCCCUCUUUC